CUACAAUAACCAGCAUGCCCCGCGCUUCUCGUCCCCAUAUCUUUCAGCCUCAGGCGAGGGGGAGUCUCGGCUGAUCUGCUGACUAGCAACCGACCGAUAUGGCAGCAACUCUGGGCAGCGGGGAGCGCUGGACGGAAGCUUACAUUGAUGCAAUUAGAAGAAACAAAUACCCAGAAGACAGACCUCCUGAAAGUCAUGACCCCUGUGGUUGCUGUAAUUGCAUGAAGGCGCAAAAGGAAAAGAAGUCUGAGAAUGAGCGGAAUCAGAUCCGGCAGGGUGAGGGGAGUGCCACUUAUACGGAGGAACAGCUGCUUGGGGUACAAAGGAUUAAGAAAUGCAGAAAUUACUAUGAGAUUCUGGGAGUUUCUCGAAAUGCCAGUGAUGAAGAGCUUAAGAAAGCUUACCGAAAACUCGCCCUGAAAUUUCACCCUGACAAGAACUGUGCUCCUGGAGCAACAGAUGCUUUCAAAGCGAUAGGAAAUGCCUUUGCAGUCCUGAGCAAUCCUGACAAGAGACUCCGCUAUGAUGAAUAUGGAGAUGAACAGGUGACUUUCACUGCCCCUCGAGCCAGACCUGAUAAUUAUUACAGGGACUUUGAAGCUGACAUCACUCCAGAAGAGCUAUUCAACGUCUUCUUUGGAGGACAUUUUCCUACAGGAAAUAUUCAUAUGUUUUCAAAUGUGACCGAUGAUACCCAAUAUUACCGCCAGCGGCACCGACAUGAGAAGAUGCAGACACGGAAGGAGGAAGAAGAAGAAAAACCUCAGACUACUUAUUCUGCAUUUAUUCAGUUACUUCCAGUUCUUGUGAUUGUGAUUAUAUCUGUCAUUACUCAGCUGCUAGCUGCUAACCCCCCGUAUAGUCUAUUCUACAAAUCGGCCCUGGGCUACACCAUUUCUAGAGAAACCCAGAACCUGCAGGUGCCUUACUUUGUGGAUAAAAACUUUGACAAGGCCUACAGGGGAGCAUCUCUGCGUGACCUGGAGAAGACGAUAGAGAAGGAUUACAUUGAUUACAUACAGACGAGUUGUUGGAAGGAGAAACAACAAAAGUCGGAGUUAACAAAUUUGGCAGGAUUAUACAGAGAUGAACGACUGAAACAGAAAGCAGAGUCGCUGAAACUUGAAAACUGUGAAAAACUUUCCAAACUUAUUGGCCUACGCAGAGGUGGCUGAGAGGAUGAUAGUCCUACACAGGGUUGGGGUUUUGCUACUUAUUACUAUUUAUGUUCCUAAUUCCAUUUUAUAAUACAAUAUUAGUAAAUGAACAUUUUACAAUUUGCUAACUUUGUUUGGUGGGCAGCGUUGAAGGCACUUGAGCAUGGAGCCAUACUUGUCAUCACAGACUUCUUCCUUGGCAUCGGCUCCAGGGGUCAGGAACAGUUCAUCUAAGUUGAAUUAAUGGCAAAGCAUUGGAUUCAACCCCCCUGCUCCACACCUGCCCUGCCUCUAGGAAUGUAGGCCAUCCCAGAGCACAUCCAUGUUUUCUUUCUUCCCUUCUUUACGUAAGUCUCAAUACCCCGUCAUUCCUAGGCAUAGCCAAAGCAGCUUAAUACUCGUUGUUUACGACGUGCACCAAGAAUUAUACCUCUCCCUUCAUGAGAGCUGUCACCUCCCCUAGGAUUCUGCCUUUGGAACAUGUUCCUACUCCUAGUUCCAUGUUCUAAGGCGAAUGUGCAGAAAUGUAAGCUAUUAUAAUCAAUAGUUUUCUGUUUGCCUGAUCUGUAUUCAGAGUUACUAGCAUUAGCAAACUGCCUGAUUUCAGUUUCUUUUACUUCCUCUCUCCCUUGCAGAGGGUCCAGAAAUUAAAAGCUAUUGAGUGGAACAAUUCAAUGGACAAUUUAGAAGAAGGAAGCAGGGGCCAGGGCUGAAGGUAAAAUGUAAUAAUUAGUGCAAGUUCACCAGUCCAUCAGAGAACCCAGAGAAUGUUCUUUUUGUCAUUUCCCUUUUCAGCCGCCCACAUUAGCUAGUCCCUACACCCCACAGAGGUACAGGGGUCAGCCCUAAGAAGAAGAACUGCCAGCCAACCGGGCUAUGAGGGUCUGGAGUUGGCCCCAGCAGUCACUGUCUAACCCGGCGCCCUGUAGUUUGUGAUAUGAGAUGCUUUUUCAUGUAGUCAACAUUUAUUGAGUGCCUAGCGUGAAGCAGGGGCUCUCACAUAUAUUUUCUUAUGUUAGUCUCCUCACAGCUCUGCGAAGUAGACAUCUUAUCCCUGCUUCUAUGAAUGAGAACAUGCGCCCAGAUAGGAUGAAUGGUUGACCUGGGUCACACACUGGUAAUGGCAGAGCUAGAUGCUAGGCUGAUUAUCAGGUAGAAAGUGUGAGAUCAUCCCCAAUUCUCAGACGAUUCUGGCCAGGUUGGUAAAGCAGAAUAUUUCCCAAGGAUACCCCUGGCCCCCCGGCCCUGUGACCCUGUAUCCUUUCUAUGGCAGUCCUGCAUCCACUCAGGACACUUUCCUGGUCUUUAGAAAGCAAGCCCCUCCCUACACCAAUUCUGUAUACAAAACAUGAGGUCCCUCAAAGACAGGCAGCCCUUCCCACUGGUGACAAGAAAGGGCAUAAGUUGUUACCUGGACCAUGUGGUUCUGGGCCUUCCUGCAAAGACGAGCUACCAGGAUUGAGUGGCCCAGAUUGUCAUGAAACUGAACCUGGAAGGAGAGUCACCUACUGGUGACUGUAGUCUACACUCCAUAUUUUUCUCAGAAUGGAAGUAAAGUUCCUGUUGGAAGGAGAGUCUACAUGAAAACUGAUUUCCAAAGUAGAAUUUCUCCUUUGGAUGCAUAGCCAUGAUUCAGGCAGAUGUGUCUAGCAUGAUUCAACAUGUGGGCAUUCUACAGGUCAGGAUAUGCGUCCAGAGGUAAAGAGUGGGGCUUUGGUGGCUGGUAGGGGACAACUACUCAGCUAUGGAGUGGGGGAGCAGCUCCAGAGAUAGCGAGAUUUGCUGCCCACCCAUGUCUAUCCUCCAGGGUUUUGGGGGCUUCCUUGAUCCCCUCUGAGUGACUGAGGGGAUUUACAUGGUAAAAUGUGCCUGUGAGCCAGACAGACUGGAAGAUUUUCCUGUGUACAUAAAAAUCAAAGCUCUCCUCUCCCCAGCCCCUGCUAGAAAAUGGGCCAUAAUUAAACUGACUUGACAAGUUAAAAGACCCUGCUCUAGCUGCCCAUGAAUAGUGUAGUGACAUAUUUUAUGGAUUUCAUGGCAGACAUGAGUUAUCUGUGAUGAUAGUAAAUAGAGGCAAUACUAACUAACUCCAAUAAAUGUCAGGUCUAUUGUCUGUUUUUGUAGCACUGAUGGUACUGUUUUAUUUAUUACCUAAUAGACCACAACAUUCACAUCUUGUUUUCCUCAAGGGAACGGUAUUUGCAUUCGGUUGAAGGAUAGUUUAAUCUAUUUGGUAUGGACCAGAAUAUUGUUAAACUAUAAUUUCCUGGGUUAUAUUUUAGAUGGGUUGUCUGCAUGGUGGUAAAAAAUAAGCGUCUUCCUCUUGCCUACAUCCUUUGGAAGGUUUCCUGGUCAUAUAUAAACUCUUGUGGUAAGGCUUUUUCUUGCUGUCAGAACUUGGCUGCAGCUCUAGACUGUAUCUAUGAACGUCAGUACAAAUCGGAGGCGUGAUAUCGGAGUGGGGCUGAGAAAUGGGGCUUGAGGCUCAAGUGGAAACUGAAGCUCUCAGUCAUUAGAAUGAAAGUGCUUUCUGCACUGCAGGAUCAGCAGUGAGGAGGGAAGCAUGAAAAGCCUCACCACAAAGAACACUGCAGCUUGAAGGAAUCCGUGCCCCCAGAUUAGCAACUCUGGGGUUCAUCUCAAACCAGAAAACUUCUGAACUUCCUUGAUCACCUCCAGCUUGGAAGAAGUGACCCGAGGGAAAAUGCCAUUGCUAUGCUUCCUAUUGGGAACUAUUAGAAAUUACACUGAGCUCCAAAUCUCACUGGAACAGGGGGUCCAGCAGCCUGGCCAAGCUAUGUGUUCUUCUCAUUUCCAUCCUCACACUCAGGACUGGUUCUGGAAGGAGGCACUGCCGGGAUUCCAGAAGCUUUCUGUUCCAACUGGCCAACACAUGCAAGUAGUCUCUGCAUGCACUGUUCCUCACAGGAGCUAGCACUUAAUUCGUAUUUAUUUUAGAUUCAUUUAGGUGUAAGCUUAGUUUCCUGAUAUAUUUGUUUUGGGAAAGGGCCAAGUUACUAUACAUAUUUUUUGACCCUGCAUUGUUGAUACCUCGUGCAGUGACCACCAAGUAACUAUAUACCCAUGUGUUAGAUACUGAUUACAUCAUUUGCAUCCCACUCAGUAUUUGGAAUUAAAGAUGUGAAUGUUCUGUGACCAGAGCCAGGUUUGACAUAAAUGGAAUCAGCUCUGGGUGAAGUGUAAACCCUGAAAAAUCUGGUCACUUGAUCUACUGCAUCUGGACUGAGUGUAUUUUAACAGAGAAAGAAAUUAAAUGAUUUUAUA